UCCUACUUUUCAGGGGACAUGAAUGUGUUUGGAGAAUGGAUGAAAGGGCAGUUUUUGCUAAUCCAGAUUCUGGAUUGGGUUCUCCGUGGGGCUGCUCAAGUUAUGUUUGUCAACAAUCCACUCAGUGGACUGAUUAUAUUUGGGGGCCUGAUUUUACAAAAUCGGUGGUGGGCACUCAACGGCUUUGUGGGCACCCUGUUUGCUACAAUUUCUGCACUUAUUCUCAGGCAAAACAGAGGGGCAAUAGCUGCAGGUUUGUAUGGCUACAAUGGAAUCCUAGUCGGCCUCCUAAUGGCUGUGUUCUCCGACAAGGGUGACUGGUAUUGGUGGCUUCUUCUUCCAAACAUCUUCAUGUCCAUGGCUUGCCCAAUUGUUUCAAGUGCCCUUGCGUCUAUCAACAGUAGAUGGGACCUUCCUGUAUUUACUCUGCCCUUCAACAUCCUCGUCUGUUUGCACAUGGUAGCCACAGGCCACUACAACAACUACUUCCCCCAAGUUCUAAUCCAGCCAACAACCUCCCUCCCUAACCUCACCUGGUCCGAGGUGGAUGUGUCUCGUCUUUUCCGCGCAAUCCCAGUUGGAAUUGGUCAAGUUUAUGGGUGUGACAACCCCUGGACUGGAGGAAUUUUCAUCAUCUCUCUGUUUAUUUCCUCUCCAAUUACUUGUCUGCAUGCAACCAUCGGUUCUGCUGUUGGCAUGGUGUCGGGUCUAGCUCUUGCUGCCCCAUUUGAGAACAUUUACUUCGGUUUGUGGGGAUAUAACUGUGUACUGGCCUGCAUUGCGAUUGGAGGAAUGUUCUACGCACUAACGUGGCAAGUUCACCUCCUGGCCGUGGCCUGUGCCUUUUUCUGUGCAUAUCUAAGCUCUGCUAUCGCCAAUGUGAUGGCCAUUUUUGGACUCCCAGCUUGCACUUGGCCAUUCUGCCUCUCUGCGCUCACCUUCCUGCUGAUAACCACGGAAACCAAAACAAUACACAAAUUGCCUCUUGCCAAGGUGACGUACCCAGAGAAAAACUUAUGCUACUUCUUGAAGAUGAAAAAGACAGAGAAAGAUGAACGACUCCAAAGAGAGGCAGAGGAGGCCAAAGCACGUGUUCCAAUCUGAAAAUGAUGAAAAUGUUAAGAAUGCUAAAAAUGGAAAAAACUGAAGAAACCUUUAAAGACAUAAGAAUUGAUAUGAACCAAUCAGUCAUAACAUUUAACCCAGCUGCCUAAUAUUGAAUUGGUCCUCCUUGUGCCGCCAAAACAAUUCUAACCUGUCAAGUCAUGGACUCCACAAUAACUCUAAAGGUGUCCUGUAGCAUCUGGCACAAAGACAUUAGCAGCAGAUCCUUUAAAUCCUCUAAGCUGUAACUGGGACCUCCAUAGAUAGGACUUGCUUGUCCAGCACAUCGCACAGAUGCUCAAUCAGAUUGAGAUCUGGGGAAUUUGGAGGUCAAGUCAGCACCUUGAACUCUUUUUCAUGUCCUUCAAACCAUGCCUGAGCAAUUUUUGCAGUGUCACAGGGUACAUUCCUGCUGAGAGAGGCUACUGCCUUUGAGGAAUACCAUUGUCACAAUGGGCUGUACUUGGUCUGCAACAAUGUUUUGGUA